AGCCGGCUGCAGAGGGCCCUCCAUCUUUUACCCUUCCUUUUGAACGCUGUUUUUAUAACGCUUCCUUCACCUAACCGGGUGCCUUUGUGCAGACACCUGGGGCUGGUGCCGAGCUCGGGGUUCUCGCUGCUGCAGGCGCGGACGCUGCCUCGGGGAGCUCCGCUCUCGGCUCCGCUUCGAUGCCGUUCCCCCGCACGCCGCUCUCGGUUCCAUCGCCGCCGGUGAGCCCCGGGGUCGCGGUGUCCCCGAGGGCAGCGCCUUAAAGGGGCGGCGCUCCCGUGCCGGAUGAUACCGUCCAUAGGAAGCCGCGGCCCCUUUAAGCGUCGAUCGCAGGCUCAGGGGCAGCCAUGCUGCGGAGCCGGUGGCUGCUGCCGGGGGCCGCGCUUGCGCUGGGCGCGGGGCUGGGGGCGGCCCUCAGCCGGCGCCAGGCCGGGCCCGAUGCGGCCGAGGGGCUGCUGGGCCGCCUGCCCGUGGUACCGGCGGUGGCAGCGGCCGGGCCGCCCGCGCUGCCGGGCGCGGAGCUGACCAAGUACGGGCUGCCGGGGCUGGCGCAGCUGCGGAGCCGGGAGUCAUACGUGCUGUGCUAUGACCCGCGGAGCCGCAGCGCGCUCUGGGUCAUCGAGCAGCUCAACCGGGACACCCUGAGCGGGGCCUCGGAGCGCUCCGCCUGCGACUUCCAGGAGGACGACUCGGUGCACGAGUACCACCGAGCCACCAACGCCGACUACCGCGGCAGCGGCUUCGACCGCGGGCACCUGGCGGCCGCCGCCAACCACAAGUGGAGCCAGAAGGCCAUGAGGGACACGUUCUACCUCAGCAACAUCGCCCCGCAGAAUCCUCAUUUGAACCAGAAUGCCUGGAAUAACCUUGAGAAGUACAGCAGGAGCUUGGCGAGGAACAACAAGAACGUCUAUGUCUGCACAGGACCCCUUUUCCUGCCCAGGAUGGAGGCUGAUGGGAAGAUGUACGUCAAGUACCAGGUGAUUGGGAAGAACAACGUGGCUGUUCCCACCCACUUCUUCAAGGUGCUCAUCUUGGAAAAGGAGAGUGGGGAGAUUGAGCUGCGCUCCUAUGUGAUGCCCAACAGCCCUGUGGAUGACAAAAUCCCCCUGGAACGGUUUCUGGUCCCCAUUGAGAGCAUUGAGCGAGCCUCAGGGCUCCUCUUUGUCCCAAACAUCUUGAAGAGAACAAGUCACUUGAAAGCCAUCACAGCUGGAAGCAAGCAUUGAACCCCAGCUAAGCACAUGCAGGUACUCCUGGGGAAGGGACUGGCGGCAGUCACAUCUACACAGGAAUAGUAGUUCCUUGUGCAGUUUUAAAUGUGGGAAACGAAAAUGAAACCAAUGUUCCCUUUACCCUUCCCCUCCUUGCAGGUAACAAAUGUGCACACGCAGCCAGGCUGCAGGGCAGGUCCUGCAGCAGGGCUCUAGAGCUUGCCCCUGAGCUGCAGUACAGAGGUUACUCCUGUGUGUGGCUCAUUGAGGCACAAAAGGAAGUUACUCCAUUGCUGCUAUUUAGCAGGGAAGGACAGGAGCAAGAUGGAUGCAGGGGAGGAAGGGAGAGGUUCCUGCCUUUCUGUGGCCAAAGGAUUAUGAUUGUUUUCUGUCAGAUGUUUUUAGCAGUAAAGCUUUGAACACCCACA